AUGGCGAAAAAGCCCAAAGCUUCUUCACUCUCUGCUUCCGCCUCCACCUCCGCCUCCUCCGGCAAACUAGUGUUGAGGAUUAAAUCAAAUGAGGGAACAAAGAGAUCCGUGCGGCAGAUUAUAGAGAAAACCAAAGCAAAGCAAAGAAAGAACAAACAAAAGAUUGAUGCUAAGAAGCCAAAGAAACCCCCCACUGCUUUCUUCUAUUUCAUGGAGGAUUUUCGGAAAGAGUUUCAAGAGCAGAACCCAGAUGUAAAGUCAAUGCGUGAUGUUGGCAAGGCAUGUGGAGACAAGUGGAAAACAAUGACUUAUGAGGAGAAGGUUCAAUACUACGAUAUAGCAACGGAAAAACGUGCAGAAUUUGAUAGAGCAACGACAGAGUAUAACAAGAAAAUGGAAAGCCGUGAUUAUGAAGAAACCGAUGAGGAUUCAGAGUAUGACGAGUAA